GUUGGGUUGUUGGGGAUCCAAAUGAUUUGGACAAGAGACUCAGAAGAAGCUUUGACUAAUGCCAGGUAUGAUAAAAAAAUUAUGCGAAAGACGAACCAGUUUUUCCUGGAUCUUCUAAACAUGCUGAUAGAUAUGACAACAAAAGACCUUAGCCCAGUCGAGCGAGUUAAAUACGAGACAUUAAUCACUAUCCAUGUGCAUCAGAGGGACAUUUUUGAUGAUCUGUGUUGCAUGCAUAUCAAGAGCCCUACAGACUUCGAGUGGCUGAAACAGUGUAGAUUUUAUUUUAAUGAAGACUCUGAUAAAAUGAUGAUUAAGAUCACUGAUGUGGGUUUCACAUACCAGAAUGAAUUCUUGGGCUGUACUGACAGGCUUGUCAUAACGCCUCUUACAGACAGAUGUUACAUCACUUUGGCUCAAGCUUUAGGCAUGAACAUGGGUGGAGCACCUGUGGGACCUGCAGGAACUGGAAAAACUGAAACCAUCAAAGACAUGGGACGGUGCCUUGGAAAAUACGUAGUGGUCUUCAACUGCUCAGACCAGAUGGAUUUCCGAGGACUUGGGAGGAUCUUCAAAGGUCUUGCUCAGUCUGGCUCCUGGGGUUGCUUUGAUGAAUUCAAUCGUAUUGAUUUACCAGUACUAUCAGUAGCUGCACAGCAAAUUGCAAUUGUGUUGACAUGUAAGAAGGAACGUAAAAAAAGCUUUAUUUUUACUGAUGGAGAUAAUGUGGAAAUGAACCCAGAAUUUGGCAUCUUUCUUACUAUGAAUCCAGGAUAUGCUGGACGGCAGGAACUUCCUGAAAACUUGAAGAUCAACUUCCGUUCGGUGGCUAUGAUGGUUCCUGAUCGUCAAAUCAUAAUUCGUGUCAAAUUGGCUAGUUGCGGUUUCAUUGCUAAUGUUGUAUUGGCAAGGAAAUUCUUUACACUGUACAAGCUGUGUGAAGAACAACUGUCAAAGCAGGUGCAUUAUGAUUUUGGCUUGCGGAAUAUAUUGUCAGUGCUACGUACAUUAGGAGCAGCAAAAAGAGCAAAUCCCACAGAUACUGAAUCUACUAUUGUCAUGCGUGUGCUGAGAGACAUGAACCUGUCUAAACUGAUUGAUGAAGAUGAACCCUUAUUCCUGAGUCUAAUUGAAGAUCUGUUUCCAGAUAUCCAUCUUGAUAAAGUAGGCUAUCCUGAACUGGAAGCUGCCAUUGACAAACGGGUGGAGGAAGCUGGACUUGUGUGUCAUCCUCCUUGGAAACUGAAAGUUAUCCAACUUUUUGAAACCCAACAAGUAAGGCAUGGAUUGAUGACACUAGGACCUAGUGGUGCAGGAAAAACUGUUUGCAUCCACACUCUGAUGAAAGCCAUGACAGAUUGUGGACAGCCACAUCGUGAAAUGAGAAUGAAUCCUAAAGCUAUAACUGCUCCGCAAAUGUUUGGUCGUCUCGAUGUGGCAACAAAUGAUUGGACAGAUGGAAUAUUUUCAACACUCUGGAGAAAAACUUUAAGAGCCAAGAAAGGUGACCACAUCUGGAUAGUUCUUGAUGGUCCAGUUGAUGCUAUUUGGAUUGAGAACCUUAAUUCUGUCCUGGAUGACAACAGAACUCUAACGCUAGCAAAUGGAGAUCGGAUACCUAUGGCACCGAAUUGCAAAAUAGUCUUUGAACCUCAUAGUAUUGAUAAUGCUUCUCCAGCAACAGUUUCAAGAAAUGGGAUGGGAUUUUUGAAAAGACGUUCCUUCCAAGAAGCUGAAAUUCUACAUCAGCUAUAUUCUUCGUCAUUCCCAGAUUUAUACCGCUUCAGCAUUCAGUCUCUGCAAUACAAGACUGAGAUGUUGGAAGCCUUUGUGAUUAUGCAGAGCAUUAAUAUGCUGCAGGGCCUUAUCCCACCUAAGGAGCAAGGAUGGGAACUGACUCCAAAAUACUUGGAAAGGCUGUACAUCUUCUCUCUUAUGUGGAGUGUAGGAGCGUUAUUAGAACUGGAAGACAGAUGCAAAAUGGAGCACUGGCUUCGAAACCAUGCAACAAUAAAACUUGAUCUUCCCUGUAUCCCAGAAGGCAGUGAAGAUACCAUGUUUGAUUAUUAUGUGGCAUCUGACGGUAAAUGGAUGCACUGGAAUACACGUGUUGAAGAGUAUGUCUAUCCCAGUAACAGCACUCCAGAGUAUGGCUCCAUUCUUGUGCCUAAUGUUGACAAUGUGAGAAUGGAUUUCCUUAUUGAAACCAUCGCGAAACAGGGCAAGGCUGUCCUACUAAUUGGUGAGCAAGGAACUGCAAAGACUGUUAUCAUCAAAGGUUUUAUGUCAAAAUAUAACCCUGAAAGCCACAUGGCUAAGAGUUUGAAUUUUUCAUCUGCAACUACCCCAUUAAUUUUCCAGCGUACAAUAGAAAGUUACGUGGACAAGCGCAUGGGCACAACUUAUGGUCCGCCUGCGGGCAAAAAGAUGACAGUCUUCAUUGAUGAUGUGAAUAUGCCCAUAAUAAAUGAGUGGGGAGAUCAGGUCACUAAUGAGAUAGUUAGGCAGCUGAUGGAACAGAAUGGACUGUAUAACCUGGAAAAGCCUGGUGAAUUUACCAACAUUGUGGACAUUCAGUUUUUGGCUGCCAUGAUCCACCCUGGGGGAGGUCGCAAUGACAUUCCACAGAGGCUCAAGAGACAAUUUUCUGUGUUCAACUGUACUCUGCCUUCUAAUUCUUCCAUUGACAAAAUUUUUGGUGUAAUUGGAGAAGGGCACUAUUGUAGUGAGCGGGGAUUUUCAGAAGAUGUGAAGAAAACAGUAGCCAAAUUGGUUCCACUGACACGCAGGCUAUGGCAGAUUACCAAGUUAAAAAUGUUGCCCACACCAGCCAAGUUCCAUUAUGUCUUCAACCUUCGAGACCUCUCAAGGAUUUGGCAAGGAAUGCUGAACACUACAUCAGAAGUGAUCAAUGAACCAAAGGUACUGAUAAAACUGUGGAAGCAUGAAUGUAAGUGCGUUAUCGCUGAUCGUUUCACAGCCUCAGAAGAUGUAAACUGGUUUGAUGCAGCUGUGGCAAAACUCAUUGAGGAGGAAUUUGAAGAAACAAAAGCUUUCCUGGAUCCUGAAAUUGAUGCAUUCUUUGUUGACUUCUUAAGGGAUGCACCUGAAAGAACUG